CGUGUUGCGUGUUGAAUGCUCUCUAAUUUGGCUUGUCCUCUUUUCAUUCUUUACCAUUAGGCUAACAGGACUAAGAAAAAUAUAGACGCCAUGCUCACUGGGAUUGCUCGGUCCUUAUGGCGCCCUACUGCUUCUGUAGCUAGUGUUGCUAGGAUUAUUACCUCUGCGCCUGCACUCACUCAUGGACAUAUUUCCGGCAUUACAUUCAGGGCAUUCAGGAGCACAGCAACUGUAUUCACCAAGGCUACACCUACCGCUGCUCACCGUACCUAUGCUACAGCUGUGACUAGUACCACUACCACUUCGUCAACACCUCAGUUCAAGACUUAUACACCAUCAUCACCAGGCCGUCGUUGGCUCAAACGUGUGCCUCGCGAUCAUCUAUGGAAGGGAAAGCCUGUGCGUGCACUAACGAUCGCAAAACGCUCGACUGCAGGCAGAAACAACAUGGGUCGUAUCACGGUACGCCAUCGUGGCGGUGGACACAAACGUCGUCUACGUAUCAUGGAUUGGUACCGCAGUGAGCCUGGGCCUCAACUAGUAGAGCGUUUGGAAUAUGACCCUGGCAGGACAGCAUGGAUUGCUUUGUUAAAGCAUCAGGUCACGGGCCGUCAGUCUUACAUCUUGGCACCUCAUGACUUACAGCCUGGCUCGGUUAUCUAUUCUUUCUUGGACAAAUCAACGUGGAGUCAACCCAAGAACGGGAUUACAACAACCUUGCCCAUUGAUAAGGGCAAUUGCUUACCUCUGAGCCGCAUUCCUACUGGAACCAUUAUUCAUGCAAUUGGAAUGAGACGCAAUGGCCCUGCUCAGGUUGCUCGUGCAGCCGGAACCUAUGCUCAGUUAUUGUCGACGGGAGAGAAGGGACAUGCUAUUAUCCGUCUGUCCAGCGGUGAAGUGCGCAAGUUUCCUGUCGACGUCUGUGCCACUAUUGGAGUUGUCUCUAACCCUGGAAACAUGCAUGAAAGUCUCGGAAAGGCUGGUCGUAGCCGCUGGUUGGGUAUUCGUCCUACUGUUCGUGGUGUUGCACAGAACGCAUGCGACCAUCCACAUGGAGGAGGAAAGGGAAAGACUAAGGGUGGAAAGCACCCAAGGAGUCCCUGGGGAACUCUUUCCAAAGGAGGCAAGACAAGGAAACAUCCCAAUAAGAUGGUUGUUAGAGAACGACCAAGACGUUAAGACAAGUAGCCGAGUCGUAUCAAUAUGAAUAAAAGUAAUAAAUAUGUGUAGGUGUGAGUAAAUGAAAAUAGAAGAAUUAGCGCAAUAAAAAUAUGCAGUCAAUUUG